AGAAGUUCUGAAAGUCAUACCUAAAAGGUAAAAGGGAUCACUGCUCAACUGUGGUGAUCCAAUAUGCAGUUUGCAAGUGCUACUUGCCAGCAAAGCUUACUGAUGCUCUACCUCCAUCAUCUGGUAAUGAAGAGAGCCUAUCUUGUUUAUGUCCACAUCUGCUGGUGAGGAAGACUUAUUUCUAACUUGCUGAAAAACAGCUUAGAUCAGUAUGGACCAGCUUGAAUUCCAAUACGGUCUGUUUUUAGAUGAGCAAUGCUAUCCUGUGAUAAUAAUAGUAAUAUCGCUCUAAAAAACAAAAUUCAUUUGUCUCGUGUAACAUGUCAAUAUAAAGUUGCACUAAUGGAAGAAUCUCAGAACAAUGCGUCCAGGUCAUAUAUUUCACGUGUUAUUUAUUUAUUUAAAUUAUAAACGACUAAAUAAAUAAAUAUAAAUAGACGAUAAAUAGUCGGGGUCUCCUACAGGCCUAUAGGGUAUCUUUUUUUUUUUUUUUUUUUUUUUUUUUUAAGAAUUGCUGAGGGCAAGGCGAUGAAUUUAAUCAAAAUUGUUUUAAUUUAAAAAAUCUCAAUUGUCCUGCAUUUUUAUCCAUUAAUAUAUUUUUCCUUUUUUUUUUCCGCGGUGAAAUAUCACCGGACACGUAUUGACAGGCUUUAUAAGAUUCGCCCGAACAUCCUUUAUGGAGACAGCGGCAACACAGCUGUUGUCUGACGAAUCCGGAGCGCUUUCAUCAGCAGUCUCCAGUGUCGGCAUUGGUUCUCCUUCAUCCAGACUCAAAACGAGCAGCAGCAGAGGCACAAACAUGUCUGUCUAGAGCUCCGACACCAUAUUUAUCGUCCUGUUAUGUCGGGUUUAGGAUGAUAUGGGUUCGGUGGAAAAUGUGACAGUUGUCCGCGGGCAUCAUGAGGAUAUUAACGGCGUCCGGGCUCUUCCUGGCCUUUUGUUCUAUCUGGCUCUUGACCAUGGCCAUCAGCACAGACUAUUGGUACGAAACAGAUGCGCGGAAACACCGGGACCGAUGCAAAAAAUACGCCAGCAAGAGAAAUGACCCAGGAUACAUAUAUAUUUCCAACCAAAACCUCCCCCUCCGGAUGCGACCGAAAGCGGCUGGUGUGAGUCAGUCUGAGCCCGGAGCUCCUCUGCGGGAAUCCCUGCACCCUGCGCCCGUCAUGGAAUCACGCUGCAGCCGCCGCUACAACUCAACCACAACCGGACUGUGGAGGAAAUGCCAUCGAGAAGGGUUCGAUCUGGAGAACGAGGAUCUGAUUUUUAAAGGUUUGCUGCAACGCUGCACGCCGGUGAAGUAUUACUAUUCCUCAGUGAAUAUCCCUCGAAAUCUGCCAGUGAACAUCACCAAGACUAUAAGACAAGAUGAAUGGCAUGCUCUCCAUUUGCAGCGGAUGACUGCAGGUUUUAUCGGUAUGGCUGUAGCCAUCAUUUUGUUUGGCUGGAUCGUUGGAUUGCUGGGCUGCUGGAAGCACAACGAGUUGAUGCAGUAUGUAGCGGGACUGCUCUUCCUGAUGGGAGGCACCUGCUGCAUCAUUUCUUUGUGCACAUGUGUGGCUGGUAUUAAUUUCGAGCUCUCGCGGUACCCACGCUACCUGUAUGGCCUGCCGGAGGACAUCAGUCACGGGUACGGCUGGUCCAUGUUCAGUGCGUGGGGCGGUCUGGGUCUGACACUGCUGGCUGGGUUUCUGUGCACACUAGCGCCCUCUCUGCACAGUCCCCAGACCACCACCACCACCACACACAAACCACGACAGGAGAACGGCAUGGUGUGACGCUCGCACACUCCCACCAUAUGCGCAGAUACGUUAGCACAGACAUGUCAUACUGAUGUAGACAAAUGUCUUUACAUGUCAGAGAAAAAUGGCAAAUAAACAGUCACAUACACAGCAGACAUUGUGCAGACUAUAAUAGGAUGGUGAAAAUAAAUAAUGACCUAGAGUGCAGCUGAGCUAAACUUACUGUUGUUGAAGGAAAAACUGCACUGCACUGCACUGCACUGCAAAAAAAAAAAAAAAAAAAAAAAAAUCCUAUUCAGUAUUAUUGUCUUAUUU